GUUUGGUGAGGCACCAGAACUAUUUGGCAGAAAAGGCUUUGUACAAUCACAGCUCCCAGAUCACACAGCAUUGAACCCUGGCAGUGAUGUCAAACUGUAUUAGAUGGAGUGCAAAUGGUCUCCAAAGCUCACACCCUGUUGUUUAGGCUGCUGUUUCUUUCGCUCAGCUGUUGCUUUUGUUGAAAAGCUGGGGCGGGGAAGGAAUUUGCCCCGGAAUGAAAUGGGAAAGCAAAACCAAAAAUAAAGUCUGCCUUUCCCUCCCGCCUUCGUCUGAUCUGAAUCCACACCAGAAGCGGUUUCAUCUCCAGGAAAGGGAUGGCAUCCGAACAAACGGUGCCCUGCCAAACUGGAGGUCCAGGAAUGUCAGAUAACAUCUUUCACAUCCUUCGAAUUGGAAAAGCUCUCCUCAUCGGGUUCAUAAGACAGCUUUGGCAGCAAUAUAGAGCUUCCAAUCCCCAGGUGCCCCCCUUGGAGGAAACAACCAGGGAGGACUUGUCAGUGGAAGGAGCAGAGGCCUCCCCAGAUGCUGCUGCAGUCACGUCUCUGCAAGAUUGCAUGUUCCGUAUAUGGCAGGAACUCAGCAGUAAUCGUGAUUUGACCAGCAUGGUAGAAAGUGCCACUGGUAAAAACCCUCUGGAAGUCCUGGCUGAUGUGUCUGAACACCUGUUUGCUGACGGGAUCAACUGGGGUCGGAUUGUUGUCUUUUUCUACUUUGCCUUCCAAGUUAUUGCCCAGUAUACGCCAAGCUGGUUCCAUGAUGUGGUGAGUUGGGCCAUGACCUUCCUACAGAACCACCUGGCUAACUGGAUCCAACAGCAAGGAGGCUGGGAGGGCCUCCUGUCCUACUUCGGCACCCCAACUUGGCAAACCAUUGCUGUAUUUGCGGCUGGCGUCUUGACUGCUUCGCUGACCUUCUGGAAAAUGUCUUAAUGUUCAGCCCCCUUCAGCGGGGGUGCAUUUCUGUUCUGUGGGAACUAAUGGGGGCAGGUUCCCCCGGCUUUCCAAUUCAAGGAUUAAUAUGUACUAAGAUUUUUCUUUCAGUUGUGGGUUGGGGAGAUUUUUUAAGCAAACAAACACAUUCUGAUGCUCUUUGGUGCUUUUUAACAGCAAGAAAGCUUGCUCCCUUUUUUUCCCUUCUUGGAUAUCCCUUCUUGGCUUCAUAUAGCUUCAGAGGCAAGAAGUCAGAAGGCCAUGGAGCUUGUAAUGGCUUUGGGAAAACAAGACAAAGUAUGUGAGAAGGUUGUUCUUGUUUGCUGGAAAAUCACUUCGCAUUGCUGGACUUGUAUGUGGUUCUCGGCAAUAUGCCAUGCUGGCAUGCUUAAGUCACCAUAAAUCAGACACAACAACUAUCCUGGAUUUCCAUUGAAUUAAUACAUCUUUACAUUUUCUCCUUAA